AAAUGUGGGUUCAGAGUAAGCUGGUGGGGUAGUUCUGAUGAGGGAGGCGGGGUUCAGGGAGGCAGUCGGCGUACACAGUAGCACUUGACACAAACUGAAUGGCAGAGGGGGAGUCUACAGUCCAGAUGCGCCAUGGCAAUAUAUGCUGGCCUAUGGAGCGAAUUUCGUUAGUUGCGAUUGUACAAAUGCGAAGCGUGCCCGUGUGGGGAGUGACACGGGUCAUUGCAGGCCGAGGGCAGGCACAGCCAAGGCGGCGUUGAGUGCCAAGGCUACAGUAGGGCGGUCACCAUUUCACGCAAUAACGCGUUACAGACCAACUACGCAGUUUCUCUCCCCAAGUCAAUAGUCUGCGAACCAGAUCAAACAUGGUGUACAACUGGGACGACAAAGAGGUUGACUGCUAUCGACUCUAUGUGGAGGAAAAGAAGAGCCUUGAUGAGGUGAUCUCAUACUGGGAGACUCAAGGCUUCACUCCGAGUAAACGCGCUUUCCAAACACAGUUCAAACGAUGGGACUUUCCCAGCAAACAGAAUCCAGCACACAGAAAUUCUGCCCUUGUCGCUCGCCUCCAGCAGCUAUGGGAACAAAAUUACACUCAGAAGGAUAUGGUCGAUGCCCUCCAGAACGAAGGCUACCAUAUUAACGAUCGCGAGGUGAUCAGACUGCGAUUGAGGCUCAAACUUCUACUCCGAGAAAGCGUCCCUAGACCGAAGAGAAAUCAGAACGUUGAGGGUGGCGUACAGAAGAGGUCUAAGAAGAAGGGCAAGUCGAAGGCUCUGCCCGGGAGUGGUUUGAUCAACCAGCUUGGCAAUGCUAUACUGGCUGCGAGUUCCGAGAGCGAAGCAAGCUCGGGGGAGGAGGAAGAAGAGAUCACGCAUAUAAUGACAGGCAAGGCAACCACCUCCGCCGAACAUGUACGGCCAACACAGCCCGAGCUCGACACAACUUUGCUCGAUCCCGAAGAGACGCUGCGGAGACAGCUACGACAGGAGCAUCUACAGCAAGAGAGCGAUGAGAAAUGGCGGACACGAAAACGGCGACGACGAACACGGGGCUGGGCAGGUCUACCAGCAGACACACCCGGCGAGCCACCCCGAUUCCCCUCCGAGACUACGAUCGACGAAGCGAAAGCAUAUCUUGGUCUAGACAACACCAUGUACCGCCGGCUGCGUGAGCGAUUUCAGGAGCUCUGCGAAACUGAGGGUGUGGCGAAGAAGACGGUAGCUGGCCCGGAGAAGUGGGCACAGCUAGUGCAGCGACUCAUACAGGAGGAUGAGCAACUGGUCGCUGUCUUCCACGAGGAGCCUGAAGUAUUUCAGAACAACGAUGCGCUGUUUCGACCAAAAGGACAGAGGGCGCUGUCCAUCGAUGUCAUAUGCAUGGACGUCACAAAGCGACUACGCACCAUGGAAACCAGAAUGACGCUAGCGGACGCAAAGAAUGCACUCGGUCUCAAUCCAGAACAAACACGACAUGUUAGAGCCGCUUAUGUCUCAAAGCUGAAGACGGCUCAUUUUACGAACAAGCAUGAGGCUGGAGAAGAGCAGUGGGCGCAGCUUAAGACGUCUUGGGUCAAUGAUUCUGAGCAUCUAACGAGAGCUCUCUCACAAGGCGAGGCUGACGCUGGGUAUGCGCGAAAGCUGCGGGCUGUUGAGGUGCUAGCUCGAGAUGUCAUGAAGCGGCAGCAGCAGGAGAAACUGGCCCAAGACCCAUCGAAAAAAAAGCAGAUUCACCAGGGCCCUGGACCUGGCCCAGCCCCUCCCGUUGUUGCACCCCAGCCAGAAAGACGACGACAAAGCGCUGCACUGGAGUACGGGUCUUCUGCGCAGACAAGUCAUACUGCCUUACCAGCGCUACCUCCUACAAGUGAUCUGCAGAUUGAUCCCUCAUUGCUACUAGCUGCGAGCGAUGCCGCCAUACAUCCAGGAUUGGCGUAUCAUCAGUCUGAGCAUCAGUAUCAAGCACACCACGACCAUACACAGAACACACAGUCACUCUCAAUUUCUCACCAUGCGCCAUCCCAUCACUACAGCCAAAAUUACUACCCGGCAGCCACAUCCCAACAUUCCCAGCCUAUGCCCAUAUAUUUUCGUCUACAUCACCUGUCUGCUACGUCUUUUCCUUCCAAGACCGUUUGGCUGUCUAUUCUGCAUACACAUUCGGUCAACGAGAUCAGCAAUCUUGUUACUCGUGAGCAUCCAGGGACUAUUGUGCUGAAGAUCGAAGGAUUAGUUGUGUACAGACAGGACCAAGGCGAACGAGAGGUUGUUGUCGAAGUCAGUGAUGAUGAAGAGCUCGUUGCAUAUCUAGGUCAUGUCAAAAGCACAGGACAAGGGAAAGCGACUUUUGUGGUCCUGCUCGGAACUGGCGGUGGGGUUUAUACAUAGCCUCUUGCCUUUGGGAACACAAUUACGAUGGCCAUAUUGGUGGGUUGCAAACAUCAUGAUCUUCAUAAUGUGGACUUACCCCGGCUCUCUACCAAAUCAUGAGUGCGAAGAUUAAAUUCUAGGCCUGUUAAGCCAGAGUUUUCGCAGUCCUUUGCGACUUCCAUGUAUCCAGGGUGCUCAAGGGGUCUCGUCAACCAGGGAAGCGAUGAUCAGCCAGUCCCUACUAAUGGCAUCUCUUUUUGCGCUUGAA